AUGUGGUCCGUCAUGAAGCUUCACUCUGCCAUCAUCUCACCCCAUGAUGGGAACAAGCUCAACGGCGCGAACGGGUGUAUCAUCAUCUUCCCCCACUUCUUGAUAGACACCAACGAUAUCUACGGCCAGACAUAUGGCGCCCGCAGCUUCUACGAGCAGCAGGCCGCGUACGACGCCUACGAAGCGCGCCUCCGCUUAAUUUCGCCCUCCUACUUUGGCAAGUACAGCGGCAAGGCCUGGCGCGACUAG